GGAAGCGUAUGUAUGCAUUAAAAAAAUAAUAAUAACAAAAGAUAACUACACUAUUGGAGUGUUGUUAUUUACCUUACAGCAAGAGUUCAGAAUAGAACAGUCUACAUCCUGAUUUUGUGAGGGAAUCUCCCAGAAUUCUGGUAUGCAUUUUCUCAAAUACGUGACUAGGGAAAUAUAUAUGGAAGAACACAAACUUUCUGCCUGAUGAACUUUUUUGGAGAGGAUGCAUCACUUGGUAUGGAAGCAGGAGUAGUUGGUUCUGGCUGGGUAAGGCAGGGGUAAGGCAGCUUCCUGGUGCUUGGCAAGGGAGCAGGGCAGUGUGGUGUGUUUGCCAGCGUACACCAAUACCUGGAGCUGGACUUCUGUGCCAUGGGCCAUAGGCAGUGCAUUUCCCUGUGCGGCUCCAAGGAAGGCACUUGUUGCCAACUAGGAGAAGAGAAAAGCUGCUGUUGCUUCCAAAUGGGAUGAACUGCUGUGACACAUGGUAUCUCCACUUUCUUUGCAGUUUGCAGGGACUGUGCAGGAGGACACUUGGAAAAAGAUGUGGGGGCCAUGUCCUGAUAAACAUGGGAUCAAGAUUACGGACCUGUCCCCACUGCUUAAAGAAAGCUCACCAAAAAAUCACCUGCAGCAAAACUUGAAUGAAAGCAUAGAAAGAAGAUGCGCUUCAGACAAAGAGAAAAGAGAGAAGGAAAAUGCCUCUUGUGAAAAUGGUGCUUCACAGGAGAUUUUUGAAGAAGAAAUGGCAAUUAGUCCAGCAGAGAACUUGGUGCCAACUUUUAAAGACACACUUGAUGGAAUGACAGGUGUUUGUAAGCUUUCUACAUCAGAGAUGAUAGUUAUUGAUACGCAAGAGGAUUUGCUGGUAAAAGAAUUAAUAACACUCAAAACCACCAAAAGAUUGUUAUGCCUUUUACUUCAAACAAGAGAAGAGAAACAUAUCAACGGCAAAAGCAUCGACACUUUGAUACAGAAGUUAAGUGAAAAGGAAACCCACAAUACUAGUCUCAGGAGAAAGAUAGCAGAAAGAGAAGAACAUAUUAAAGAACUUUCAUCCACUAUUCAGCUUAAAAAAGUCAAAGUACUGAAAGAAGACUACCUGUCAGGAUCGGUAAACACAGUUGAAGCUCAUCUGCAUCAUCAGAUUCAAAGGAAAGAAGUGGAGAACAAUGAAUUAAAGCUGAAAACACAGACUCUAGAGAAGAAAAUAGCAGAGUGGAAACUUCAAGUUGGUGAAUGCAAGCGUCAGAUGUUAGCCUUGAGGGAAACAAGUGAGCAAAAGAAGGCUGAUCUGAGAAGAGCGAUCAGGUCCCAGAAACGAGAAACUGAAUGCUUUGAAGAAGCUGUGGAAAACCUAACCUCCAGAAUAAAAGAACGUGAAGUCAAAUUGUCUGAGAUACUGUCAGCUUCCAAUGUCUGGAAAAAACAGCACGAUAGAAUGGUAGAAGAAAAGAAAAUGUUAGCAAUGCAAACAGAAGACCUAAAGAAGCAGAUCACAAGCCUUUCUGAAGAUCUGAAAAGAAAGGAGGAAUACAGAAAGAAAUCUAACGAGGAAAUUCUUGGAAAAUUAAAUUCUGUUAACUCUGAAAAUGAGAAGAUUUAUCUUGAAAAUGAAAAAUUAAAGGCUUCCCUUGCUGCUUUGGAAAUCAGUACUGUUUCUGUUGAAAAUGACCUGCUACGUCUGCAAGAAAAGAUCAAGCUGCAGGAAAACUUUGUUGAACACUACUAUAAAAACCAGGUACAAGAAUUACAAGCAGAAGUAUUGAAAUCCAGACAUAAAGUGGUCUUCAGUGAAAACAAAAGAACAAGAGAAAGCAAAUGCUUAGAAGUCUAUGAGGAGGAAGAUGGUGUAAAUUCUGUGGGUAAUUAUUCCUUAGAAGAAGAAAACAGUAACAUUCAGAAGAAAUAUGAACAUCUUAAGAGGAUGUUAGAAAAGAUGGAAUUUCAAAAUGAAGAACUUGCUUAUCUGAUCAAAAAAGAAGAUGAGAGUCUUCAGUGCAGUAAAUUGCAACUUGAAGAGAAAAUUGCGGAGUAUAAUAGUUUAACCAAACAACUGGAAUCUGCUUUGGAGGAAGGAAGAAAAAUGGUAGUUGAAGAAUUUGAAAAAAUGUCAUACUUGGAACAAGCCCUUCAGAAAAAAAUGUUCAUUCUUGAAAAUGAACUGCGAGAGAGGCAGGAAGAGAAAAAACAACUUCUCUGUGAGUUUCACCAUAAUGAAAAGCACCAUGCGGUAUGCUUGAAAGAGCUGGAAAACAGUCUACAAAGGUCAGAAUACAAGAACCAGAGCAUCCAGAAUUAUGUGCAGUUUCUGCAAACCUCAUACAUAACAAUGUUUGGCUGAAUUCUGUAAUUUCAUUUAUUUUAAUAAUAAAGAAACAGUAAGAUAUUUGGUUCUAACUCUUGUUAGAGGCAAUGCUAUUGAGACCCUACGGAAUUCUGUGGGAUUGAGCACCGUAAUUUUAGUUCUGUUCUGAGAAAACUUCUGCUAUGGAUCUAGAAACGCAGGUUAAUUAUUAUUGUAUAUCCUACUGGCUGAUCACAUACAGAUUUACCUGAUAUUACUGAUAGAAAUAAUUGUAUUAUUCAUGAAAGUGAAUAAAGUGAAAAGGCAGACUGCAUGAUAGUCGUGAAAGGUGUGUAAGCGUAGGGUAUGCACACAAAGCUGUAAAUUGGUCUGUGUAUUUGUCAUGUGCUAUACAUUCCUAUGUGUCUUCUUUUAGUCCAUGGUAAAUGUAGAUAAUCACGAAUUAUCUGUUUCCAUGAAGAAUUAAGGUGUCCACUGACUGCCUAAUAAUUUGCAUAUUUUAUUAAUAUAUGUUUAUGUAUUAAUGUAACGUUAUAUGUCAGUCAUUAUACUUUUGUUACUGUAGAUACUCUACCUGCCCAAGAUGAUGGUGCCUAUUAUAUUAAGACAAGCAGGAAUUUAUAAAGCACUAGGUCCUCUUCCUUUCUCUUCCCUACAGCUUACUGCACGAGAUGGCUGCAGCCACAAAGUUAUCUCAUUCAGACCUUGACUUACAUCUCAUUACAAAGAGUAGUACAUCUAUCUUACAGCAAUAUAUAAUAAAUGUAAUUAGGAAAGUAUUUCAAAUACAGACAUUCUUUAAGCUCUGGAUGUGUAGUUAGUGUCAGAGCAACUCAGCACUGGAACAGGCUGCCCAGAGAGGUCGUGGAGUCUCCUUCUUUGGAGAUAUUCAAGACCCAUCUGGAC